AUAUGCCAAGCUGCAUUGGCCAUUGGAGCGUACUGUCUUUUCUACGUGGGAAAAUCUCUCCCUCCAUUCAUGCGUGGAAGUUCCAUUUCUCCAUGUUCGAAUUCACUUUUCUCUCUCUAUUUAAUGACUCCUCUCUCUCUCUUCUCUCUUCUCUCUCUAGGAAUGAUUGGGACCUUCAUUGAAUUCUCUCCGUCUCAUCACUGUCUCUGCAAAUUCUGCUGAUUCCCAGCGCUUUGCAGAGUGUUCUCUGAAACAAAUCCUUAUAUCCUCUCUCUCUCGUCUCGAUCCCCCUUUGAAUAUCAAUAGAGAACCCAUCUACCACAGCUGUCUCUCUCUACCUCUGAAUUCGAGGCUCCCUGUGAAAUAAGGACAAAAAAAGAUGAAUCCACCUCGUAGAACGUAGUCUAGAGCGAAGGAUCUUCAGUAUUUGUGGUCAGCAAACAUGGGUAAAGCACCCAUCUCAAACUCCUCCAUUAAAGCCAACCCCCCAUGGCAAGAAAUGGUCGCAGGAGCUUCUGCAACCACCAAAUCAUCCACUCGUGGCCCAACUCCCAAAAUCUCACAUGAAAACUCAAAAGAAAGUGAUAAUUUUAAAACCCCACUAAGCCAUGACCCGCAAGUAAGACUAGCAAUCUACAUAGCCAUGGCUCAUGCUGGAUUGGCUCUCACUCUAGCUCUCCUCUAUGGCCUCACCAAACUCCUUGAAGAAUGUUAUAGGCCAAUUCAAUGGGCCAUCCUUUGCUCCAUGCCAUUAAGAGAGAUACAGAGAGCUUUGGUUCAAUUCUGGAGACACCCAUUAAAUCUUGGGCUCUUUGAAACCCUUCUUGCCAUUCCUGUCGCUGUUUUCAGUGCAAUUACAGGAACUGUGAUUGAUUUCCAGGGUGCCUUGUUUCGUCUUCUGAGAAUUCGGCAACAAUCUUCUGAAUCUAAAGAGAGAAUUGGGUUCUCGAAGCUUAUGCAAUGGCUGGUAUCUUUUGGUCUUUUUGUGUUCACCCACGAAAGAAUUGGAGCUUCAGUGAUUCCAGCCUUUGCGUUUUCAGGCCUGAUUGCUUAUGCAGCAGGGAGUAGCGCUGGUCUUAUGGACCAGACCCAUGGUAAGAGUAACGUGGCUUCGACUCUCACUGCUAUUUCAUCAGUGAGGCGUGGAAGGAGUACACCCAUGCUCUCAGUUUGGAGCAGAUUUAGUAGGUUUCUCACUUCUGGUCUGCUCAAGAGGUUGAAAACAAUGGUGGCUUUGGGCUUGAUCACUGGUAUGAUUGCUGGGUUGGUUUGUGGUUUCAUGUUCUUCUCUUACAAGAUUGGGGUCGAAGGGAAAGAUGCGGUGAUUUCACUGAAAACCCAUUUGCAAGAAAACAAUUAUGCAGAGAGAAUUGGGUUAAUGGAGUGGAUUGAAAAAAAUGAUAUCCCUGAGUUGAUAGAUACUUAUACUGCAAAAUUCUAUGAGACCCUUUCUCAACAGGUGGAUUCAUUAGCUUUGCAUUAUAAUGUGACUGAAAUUGUUGAUGGUUUCAAGUAUUACCUAAUGAAACCAUCAGAAUCAUCUGUUACUUCCACAGUUCCAGUUGUUUCGGGGCAACCAUUUGGCGAGAAGCUUCAUAACCUCCAGGUCAACGUUCAAAACAGAGAGUGGCAAUUGAUAUAUCAUGAAGUUCAAGGUGUUUUCAGGGAGUUUAUGGUUCUAUUAAGAAGAGAAGAUCUAGUGGAGAAAAUCAAGAGGAUAGCUUUGCAAAGUGUUGAUAUGUCUAAGCGGGUUUUAGCUAGUAGCUCUGUUGUUUUAGCAGGGAGUGCUAAUUUGCUGUUUUCCUUGGCAGUUUCAAUAGUUUCAGGGGCAGCUGGGGUACUGAAUUUUGUAUCUCAGUUGAUGGUUUUCUUUUGGCUUCUGUACUAUCUCAUUACUUCAGAAUCAGGUGGUGUUAUGGACCAUGUUUUAGGCAUGCUCCCCGUCUCUGAGGCUACGCGUGUUAGGAGCGCUGAGGUCCUAGGCCAUGCAGUGAGUAGUGUAUUGUUAGCCACUGCAAAGAUUACUUUGUUUCAGGGGUGUCUCACUUAUCUCUUGUUUCGAUUUUAUCGUAUACACUUUUUGUAUAUGUCAACUGUGUUGGCUUUUAUGAGUGCUUUGUUGCCUUUCAUUCCUACUUGGGUUUCUUCGGUUCCUGCGGCGGCGCAAUUGGGAAUGGAGGGGAGAUAUGUGGAAGCUAUCGUUUUGACUGUUAUCCAUUUAAUGCUCAUGGAUUAUGGGGCAUCGGCCAUACAAGAUGAUAUACCUGGACAGAGGGCUUAUCUUACAGGGCUUAGUAUACUUGGUGGAAUGGCUCUGUUCCCUUCUGCUUUAGAGGGAACAAUAAUGGGCCCAAUGCUCAUGACGGUUAUGAUCGCGCUGAAGAAUCUUUAUGCAGAAUUUGUUCUUGUAUCUACGAAAGAAACUAGCAGGGCGCUGAUUAUAACUUGGCUUGCUGUAAAUUGCACGAGUUUUGCACAAGGAACGGCCUUAUAGAUUGCCAAUACAGGUGGGUGAUAUCCCUUGAACACUUUAUCUACAUCUGCUUCUCUCUCUAUGUAUUCAGGCUUGAGAGAUUUCAUCCCAAUUUCUCUCUCAACUUUCUCCCACAAAGCAUCGGCAAAAUGGAAAACCAGUCGUUGCACUGGGUUACCAACAGGAGAAGACUCAAAAUCACACAACAUCCAAAGCCUCUUUGCUCUAUCAUAUUGCUGGUUUGAUAUCUUCUUAGCAGAAGAUACCCAAUGUCACGAUCGAGAUAUCCGUUAAUGACAAAUCAAAAAAAUUAAUCAAACAAGCAGUGGCCAAAGCAUUAUUACAAUAAUUCAAGUACCGUAAUAAUCUUUGGUUUUGUUAUGGUAUUCUAAGUACCGUAUAAAAUGGGGUAUUCAUUACUGUACUUAACGUACCGUAAUAGUGCUUCACGGUAAAACGACUACCGUGAAAGUUAUUUUGGUCACAAAACAUCCACUGGAUGAGGUUUAUGAAAGUUGGGCUUUUUUUUUUUUUAAAGAUAAAAAUUAAAGUAUAUUUGUGAUAAUUUUUUUUAUUUCUUCUUGCAUGAUUUAUUGUUCCGCCUCAGUUUAGCUCACCCGAUUCAAGAGCAAUCGCUUCCUUUCACAAGGAAGUGACAAGCACACAAGUUGUAAUUGUUGGACAUUAAGUUUUGGGUCAUACUUCAUGUCUUUCCUCCAUUCUCCAAAUUAUUU